CUUAUUUGCUACACCAUAGCUCGUAUAGGACGUGAACUUGGUGCCUACAAGCUGGCACGUGAUACUCUUGAUCGUUUGGGGAGCUUACGAGUGCCACCACGUCUUCAGCGUGAUGUAGAACUGAUGACGGUGAACAUCAGAGCCAAACCGUUCUCGGAUGCUGACGAUCUGUUACCUGUAUGUCACAGAUGUGGAUUCAACAACCCCCUCACAUGCGGCAUGAACUGUAUCCACUGCAAGACGGCGUUUGUACAUUCGUUUGCUACGUUUGAAAUUCUACCUCUCGUGGAGUUCACCGUGGAUCCGAAUCUGCCUAUUGACGAGGCGGUAAAGCUGGUCGAAUCGGAG